AUGAUGGAUUUUAACAACAGAACAGCAACACCUUUCUCAUCGUAUGAAACCCAAUGGGGCGCUCCUCGUUACAACAAGACGCCGUCAAAGGUGGUUUCAAUUCCGGUUCAUUUCGUUGGGUCUGACAGAAACAGAACCGAUUCAGCCACCAAGAUUCAGAGGGUUGCAAGAGGGUAUCAUGUAAGGAAGAGUUUGAAGAAGAUGCUGAAGAUGAAGGUGGAGUUGGAGGAGAUUGACAAAACGGUCAAUACUGAAGAAACUGUGAAGAUGAUGAAGAAGGAGCAAAAGGAGAGAAUAAGGAUGGGUGAAACCAUCAUGAGUCUGCUUCUUAGGUUGGAUUCAGUUAGAGUGUUUCAUUGUUCUGCUCUUAGAGACUUGAGAAAGUCACUCAUUAAAAGGGCCAUUUUUCUGCAAGAAUAUGUGGAUCAAAUUCAAAUGGUGAGUCCCACAGAUGAGGUUUGUAGUGGUGAGGGUAAGUGUGAUGGGGUUGAAGAAAAUUUCUUGGAAAAGGAAGAGGUGGGGUGUGAGGAUGAACAUGAAGGUGGUGAGAAAAUUGAAGCUUCAGUGAUCGGGAAGAUUGGGGGUGGUAUAAAAAUUGAAGCUUCGGUGAAUGAGGAUGGAGAGGUGAAUUGUAUGGAGAAGGAUGAAGGGGGGUGUGAGGUGGAGAAUGAGGGAGAUGAAAAAAUUGGAUUUUCUAUGAAUGGGGAUGGUGGUGAGGGCAAAAGUGUAAAAGAAGAGGAGAAUUGUUUGAUGAAGGUAAAAGAGGAAGAAGGUCAAGAUGAGGAUGAGAAGAAAAUGGAGGAAGAUGAGAAGGAAGAGAGUGUUGGAUCAAGUUUGAUGGAAGAAGGAAUCGAGGAUGAUAGUAUGGAUGUGAAAGAACAGGAGGGUAGAAAUGUAAUUGGAUGUGAGGAGGGUAGGGAUGUAAUUGGAUGUGAGGAGGAAGAGGAGAAUAGGGAAAUAUUGAGAAGGAUGAUGAAUGAGAAUGAGAAGAUGAUGAAUAUGAUGACACAAUUGUUUGAGAAGAAUGAGAAGCAAACAUCACUUCUCACAUCUCUCACACAAAGAGUGGAGCAGCUUGAGAGAACAUUCACUUGUGACAAGUUAAAGAAGAAGAACAAAAGGAGGAGACAUGUUGAUGCCAAACAUAGAUACAAUUAG